AUGUUCCAGACAAUUGCAACCACCCCUUUCCAGGACCAGAAACCCGGUACCUCCGGGCUCCGGAAGAAAGUCACUGUUUUCCAGCAGCCCCACUACACGGAAAACUUCAUCCAGGCGAUUCUCGAGGCUAUUCCCGAAGGAGCUGAAAAUGCCACUCUUGUCAUUGGCGGCGACGGCCGCUACUACAACGACCACGUGAUCCAGCUAAUUGUGCAAAUUGCCGCUGCUAACGGCGUUUCCAAGUUGAUUGUGGGCCAGAACGGACUUCUUUCGACGCCAGCAACUUCUCACGUUAUCCGUAGCCGCCACGCUACUGGAGGCAUCAUUUUGACAGCCUCGCACAACCCAGGAGGACCCAAAAACGACAUGGGAAUCAAGUACAACUUGGCCAACGGUGGCCCCGCGCCAGAAAGCGUGACAGACCGCAUUUUCGCCAUUUCCAAGAAACUCGUUCAGUACAAACUCUGGCCACUUGACAAGGUCGACCUUCUGAAGAUUGGCACAUUUACCGCUGGUCCAAUUACCAUUGAGGUGAUUGACACUACUGCUGACUAUGUCGAGCUCAUGAAGGAGAUUUUCGACUUCCCUCUCAUCAAGAAGUUUGUCGAGUCUUCGUCGGACUUUUCCGUGGUGUUUGAUGCUUUGAACGGUAUCACCGGUCCAUACGGCCACCGCAUUUUUGUCGAGGAGCUUGGUUUGCCCGAGUCCUCUGUGCAAAACUGUGUUCCCAAGCCAGACUUCGGCGGUUUGCACCCCGACCCAAACUUGACGUAUGCCCGCACAUUGGUGGACCGCGUUGACAAGGAAAACAUCGCCUUUGGCGCUGCUUCUGACGGAGAUGGUGACCGUAACAUGAUUUAUGGUGCCGGCGCAUUUGUUUCACCUGGUGAUUCCGUGGCAAUUAUCGCUGAGUACGCUGAUUCCAUUCCUUACUUCAAGAAGCAAGGCGUGUAUGGCUUGGCCCGGCUGAUGCCUACGUCGGGAGCUUUGGAUUUGGUGGCCAAACACAAAAAGUUGAAUGUGUACGAGGUUCCAACUGGAUGGAAGUUUUUCUGCUCUCUUUUCGACGCCAAGAAGUUGUCGAUUUGUGGUGAAGAGAGUUUCGGCACGGGCUCCAACCACAUCCGUGAAAAGGACGGCUUGUGGGCCAUCUGCGCCUGGUUGAACGUCUUGGCUGACUUCAGCGUCCAGUUCCCAGAAGAAAAGGCCUCCAUCAAGAACGUGCAGGAGAAAUUCUGGGAGAAGUACGGCCGUACUUUCUUCACUCGUUACGACUACGAGGGCGUUUCAAGCGAAGGAGCUGAAGCGUUGGUGGCAGACUUUGCCAAGAUCGUCGAAUCGCUGAAACCCGGAACCGAUUUGGGCUCGGGCCAUGUCGUGGCCGAGGCUGGCAACUUCUCCUACACAGACUUGGACGGCCUGGUGCUGAAAAACCAGGGUUUGUUUGUCAAGCUCACUUCCGGCUUGCGCUUUAUUGUGAGGUUGUCUGGCACAGGCUCUUCGGGUGCCACAGUGCGGUUGUACUUGGAAAAGCACACCAGUGACGCCAGCAAGUACGGCUUGGGCGCCAGCGAGUUUUUGGCGGACGACAUUUCAUUUGUUGUCGAGUUGUUGAAGUUCCAACACUUUUUGAACAAGUCCGAACCAGACGUGCGGACUUGA